GAAUAAUUGGAAUUUAUUGAAUAAGAAAAAAAUAAGAAUCUUAAUCUAUAAUUCUUUGAAAUAAAUCAAAAUAUUUAUCAAAGGAGAGAAAAAUAUAAUUAACGAAAUUUAAAGCCAUAUUUAAAUCAUUGAAUUUAAAAAAAAAUGGCUUCUUCAUCUUAAAAUAUUUACCGCCAAAACUGGCCAUCAAACUCAAGAAAAUCAACUUCAUCUUCAUCACACCACAAGCCAAACAGAAAAUGGAUCAAAAAUACCAAAACACACACGUAAAACUACUCGCCGCCGAUCUCCUCUCACUCAAACAAAUCCGAAACUUCUUCUCCUCCUCAGAUCCAAUCUCUUUCUCCCACACAAACAAAUCCUUCUCCCGCACCGAAAUUCUCGGCACCGUAACCUCCCGCGAGCACAAACCCAACAGAUUCCUCAAAUUUACGAUCGACGACGGAACCGGCUGCGUCACCUGCAUUCUCUGGCUUAACCAGCUCACUUCACCUUACUUCUCUCGACGUAGCACACCAUCUGUUCGAUUGAUUGCCGAAAUGGCCACUCACUUUGCUUCAAUUGUCAAAAUCGGACUCGUAGCUAGGGUUCGCGGGAGGAUCACGAGUUAUAGAGGUGUAAUUCAGAUUACUGUGGCUGAUGUCGUGAUCGAAAGAGAUCCUAAUACCGAGAUUCUUCACUGGUUGCAAUGCAUUAAGCUUGCUCGGAAUUGCUAUGAUGUUACUACGUAGGCAGAGGCGGACCUAGGAAGAGCUUAUUGUGAAAAGAAACAUGUUAGGUAGCUUAUUGUUAUGGAGUUAUGAGUAUUUUGGUUUAGGUAUUAAAGAACUUGAGAGCUACCAUACUAAAAUGAAGAUAAAAUGGUAGAUGGUGGUGAUGAUUGGGAUAAAUCAAAGCUAUGCCAUGUGAGAUAUAUUGCCGAAACAAAUCGAAUAAAUAUGUGUAUAUGGUUAUGAUCUUUUGCUGGCCCCUGCAUCCAUUAGAUAUGUGAAUUUAUGGAUUAGCAUUUGAGAAGUACUUGUAAUUGAUUACUCAGUAGAGUACUAUUUGAUAAAUUUAAUGAACAUAUUAGAGUUGGUCUUUGGUUAAUAUAUUCGGAGCCACUUAUUUCA